GCCCCUCUGUAGAAAAUGCUUGCGAGAGAUGUAGCUAGAGCCUGUGGGUUUGGGAUAGUCUAAGAUGGCGUGCCUAAUGGUUGUCAGUGUGUUGGUGUGCUCCUGUGUCUACGUCAUGUGCCUGACCAACGAUUCGGACUGGAGAGAACCACUGACUUCUUGGAGGAGGAAUAAAGCUCGACUCAAAGAGGACCUCCGUUAUCGGCGGGAAGCUCUAGGGAAAACAAACCCUGCAGAUGACGCCACGAAUAGAUUUAUUCAUUUGACCAUUCAGUUCUCACCAACAUCAGUCAUUCAAGUGGACGAAGUUAAACAGACCUUAAUUACGAUCUGCAGUCUAUACAUUAUUUGGACAGACGCCGAACUGGCAUGGAACGCCUCUGAAUACGGCAAUAUAAACGUGAUCACUGAAAAUCUGGACAGCAUCUGGCAUCCCACGGUACAGCUUUACAACUCUGCAGAUGUUAACAAUCUGGUUGUGAAAAAUCUUCUAGACUACGUCUUCGUGACAUCCAACGGGCAGGUGACUCUGUUCACCACAGCUGGACUUGAGACCUUCUGUGAGAUCGACUUGACCUCUUACCCAUUUGAUGAACAGAUAUGUCACAUCACAUUUUUCCCCUUUCCCGAAGACUUCAACUACACAAUAACUCCUGUCAAAAUGUCACUAGAGCCUAUAGUUAUGCAUGGAGAAUGGAUCAUUGUAGAGCGCCAGCUGGAGAUGACAUCACAUGUUUCUUUAAACGGUUACAGCGUGGCGAAGCUAAAGGUGACGUUGACGCUAAGGAGAAGUACGAUCUACUACAUCUUCAGCAUUGUUGUUCCCUUGGCGUUGAUCUCCAUCAUGACGCCCAUCGUGUUCUGGAUUCCGCCUUCGUCUGGAGAGAGACUGUCCUAUCUGGUCUCAAUGUUUAUUUCCACGACAGUCUACCUGAGCUACUUAGUGUCUUCCAUGCCAAAAAGUCUAACCCGAACACCCAGGCUGUUGAUUGUCUUGAUCGUUGUCAUGGGCCAGACUUUUGCCUCAAUUAUAGCCACUAUCAUAGUCAUGAAAAAACACGCCAAAGAACAAGUGAGGCAAAAAGAAUUGUCUUCGGGGAAAACUUCAUGUCAGGCCUUGCCAGAUUUUAAUGAGAAGGAAAGCCUAGAGAACGAAAAUCAGUCGGACAAAAAAGUCAAAGAGGACAGUGACACUAAAACAAUGACGUCAGUUCAAUUAGACGCGAUGUUCUUUUUCGGAUAUUAUUUGAUCUGCAUUCCUGUCUACUUUCUAAUUUGUUACAUAUAAUACCGCAUUGUAAACCCCUUUUAAUCC